AUGGAUCAGAAGGAGACGGAGGAGCAGCGCCAAAUGCGGCGUGUCGCAUUCUUCGCUGUCGUCAUCUCCACCGCAGCAGUUAUCGCCAGUGUCGUGACGUUGCCGAUGCUCUACAGCUAUGUGCAGUCUUUCCAAAGUCAUCUAAUUGUUGAGACCGAAUAUUGCAAGACCAGAGCUCGAGAUAUGUGGGUGGAAAUGCAGGUUUUGCACAAGGCGGGAGUUCCUCGCUCAAAAAGAGAGGCCACUGGAACCUGGCUUUUCGGACAAUUUGUCCCCGAUGGUGGCUCCGGAGGUGGUGGUGCUUACGUCGGUGCAGGUAGAGGUGGUGGCGGCGGUGGUAGCGGCGGUGGUGGUUAUGGCAGUGGUGCUGCUGGAGCUGUUUCCGCCGACGUUGGACCAACAUGCUGUCCCUGCCAACAAGGACCUGCUGGACCACCUGGGCCACCUGGAGAUGAAGGGCCCCACGGAAACGACGGUCAGCAUGGCCUUCCCGGAGCACCCGGCAAAGAAGGCUCUGUCCUCUCUUCCGCCUUGCCUCCAGCCGAACCAUGCAUUAUUUGCCCUCAGGGAGCCCAAGGAGCCGUAGGAAUGCAAGGACCCAAAGGACCACCAGGACCUAAGGGCAAGUCUAUCGAGCGCGCCCCUGAUGGCAAACCUGGAGAGCCAGGCUUGAUCGGACCUCCCGGACCACCCGGAACAGUUGGAGAACCAGGACCUCCGGGACCAAAUGGUCAACCCGGACGUGUUAUCCAGGUGAAUGGACCUGCUGGACCUGCUGGAGAACCUGGACCUAAGGGACCACCAGGACCAAGAGGAGUUCCAGGAAUUGAUGGAACAAAUGACGUCGGUGAACAAGGAGAUGCUGGUGACGCUGGCGCACCAGGACCCCCUGGAGGACCAGGACCACAAGGACCUAGUGGACCUCCUGGACCAACUGGACCCCCUGGAGGACCAGGACCACAAGGACCUAGUGGACCUCCUGGACCAACUGGUGAGGAAGGCGGUUGCGACCAUUGCCCUGAGCCACGCACACCACCUGGCUAUUAA